CUGUCCCGUUGAUUUUGCAGUUUCCAAAUGCUAAUCCAUAAUCCAUUUCUCUUGCUGCAGACAGCGGUUACAUCUUUUGAAGUCACCGAACUACCAGUGAGAUCGGCCAAGUUCGUAGCUCGUAAGCAGUGGGUUGUUGCUGGUGCUGAUGACAUGUUUAUUCGUGUAUACAAUUACAACACAAUGGAUAAAGUCACUGUGUUUGAAGCCCAUACGGAUUAUAUUAGGUGUGUGGCAGUUCAUCCUACUCUUCCAUAUGUGCUGUCAUCAUCUGAUGACAUGCUUAUAAAGCUGUGGGACUGGGAAAAAGGGUGGGCAUGCACUCAAAUAUUCGAGGGUCAUUCCCAUUACGUGAUGCAAGUGACUUUUAAUCCAAAAGACACCAACACAUUUGCUAGUGCAUCUCUAGAUCGCACAAUUAAGAUAUGGAAUCUUGGCUCCCCUGACCCAAACUUCACAUUGGAUGCCCAUUUGAAAGGGGUAAAUUGUGUAGAUUAUUUCACAGGUGGCGAUAAACCAUACUUAAUUACUGGUUCUGAUGAUCAAACUGCUAAGGUGUGGGAUUAUCAAACAAAAAGUUGUGUCCAGACACUAGAAGGUCAUACACACAAUGUUUCUGCUGUAUGUUUCCAUCCAGAACUUCCCAUCAUAAUUACAGGUUCUGAGGAUGGUACAGUUCGCAUAUGGCAUGCAACCACUUAUAGACUUGAAAACACGUUGAAUUAUGGUCUUGAAAGAGUUUGGGCUAUUGGUUGCAUAAAAGGCUCAAGACGGGUUGUAAUUGGUUAUGAUGAAGGAACCAUCAUGGUGAAAAUCGGUCGAGAGGUACCUGUUGCUAGUAUGGAUAAUGGUGGAAAAAUUAUAUGGGCUAAGCAUAAUGAAAUUCAGACUGUUAAUAUUAAAAGCGUUGGAGCAGAUUAUGAGGUUGCUGAUGGAGAAAGACUGCCUUUGGCUGUUAAAGAAUUGGGCACUUGUGAUCUUUACCCACAAAGCUUGAAGCACAAUCCCAAUGGUAGGUUCGUGGUUGUGUGUGGAGAUGGCGAACAUAUUAUAUACACAGCUUUGGCAUGGAGAAAUAGGUCUUUUGGUUCAGCAUUGGAAUUCGUUUGGUCAUCUGAUGGGGAAUAUGCUAUUAGAGAAAGUACAUCGAGGAUUAAGAUCUUCAGUAAAAAUUUUCAGGAGAAGAAAAGUAUCCGGCCUACAUUUUCCGCUGAGCGCAUAUAUGGGGGGACUUUAUUGUCAAUAUGCUCAAAUGACUUUAUUUGUUUUUAUGAUUGGGCUGAAUGCAGGUUGAUUCGUCGGAUUGAUGUUAAUGUUAAAAAUCUUUAUUGGGCUGAUAGCGGUGAUUUGGUUACCAUUGCCAGCGAUACAUCAUUCUAUGUACUCAAGUAUAAUCGAGAUGUAGUUUCUGCUCAUAUAGAUGGUGGGAGGUCAGUAGAUGAACAAGGCGUCGAAGAUGCUUUUGAGCUCCUUUAUGAAAUAAAUGAACGAGUGAAGACUGGAAUUUGGGUCGGGGAUUGCUUCAUUUACAAUAACUCUUCCUGGAAGCUUAAUUACUGCGUAGGGGGUGAGGUAACAACAAUGUUCCAUUUUGAUCGGCCCAUGUAUCUACUAGGAUAUCUUGCUAAUCAGAGUCGAGUAUAUCUCAUUGACAAAGAAUUCAAGUGAGUGAGGUUCUUGGAAGCUUAGGAUC